UUAUGUGAUUCACCCCUGAUAUUAAGGCAUAUUUACAAACAUUUCAGAUUUAAUUACUACUCUACAUGGCGUUCUAUUAAACUUUCUACUGUUUUCAAUCAAACCUUGUUAAAAUUCUACUAAAAAGUAUGCAGGUCCCGCCAAUACCUUCGUUCAAGCGAACAACUCUUGCCCAGACAAAUCCAAUAGCAGGUAACAAGAAGCGCACCUGGAAAUCUCUGAAGCAGAUCAUAGCCUACGAACGAACGCUACCUUGGAAGGAAACGGAUGUUACAUAUUCUUCGAUAAAUGCACCACCCUCGUUCGUGCCAGCUAAAAAGUAUUCGGACAUAUCCGGCUUGAUUGCUCCCUAUACCGAUCCGCACUCUAAGCUGCACUACCACAAUGCGGAAGAAUUUCAAACUGUCAGGAGUUUGCCAAUGGAUCUCACGGCCGGGUAUUUGGCUCUUCGUGGAGCUAGUAGUAUCGUUUAAAUGUUUUAUUUUAAAGUAUCUAAUAAUAAAAUAUCUAAG